GGGUCAGUCAAAUGCUGCUCCAUAGCAUUCAAUUAGAAGGGAAUCUGAAAUUAAUUUAUGUGGUCAGUUGCUCCCGUGAUGCUGUUGCCUGAGUGCUUCACAGCAAGCUUUAAAAACAGGGGACGUCCUCACUGAGACCACCGAGCCAACAGCUGAUUGCUUUAUUGCAUCUUGCAGCAUCUCUGACUGAAAGUAGACCAAAGAACCAGAAUGGAGUGCCACCAUGCUUCAGCAAAGAAUGGAGUAGCUGAUGAGAAUCAGAACAUGUACAUCCAGUCUGAACAGAAUGGUUUGUGCAGAGAGGUCUCAAGGGAGUCUGCAGAUGUAGACAAGCUGUCUCACAUUGAGAAAGCCUAUACCACCGUAUUGAGUGAGCUUGGAGAAGACGUGGAGCGGGAGGGCCUUCUACGUACACCACUACGUGCUGCCAAAGCCAUGCAGUUCCUCACUAAAGGCUACAAAGAAACAGCCAAAGAUAUCUUAAACGAUGCUAUAUUUGAUGAGAACCACGACGAGAUGGUUAUCGUCAAGGAUAUCGACCUGUUUUCUCUCUGUGAACAUCACCUGGUGCCCUUCUUUGGGAAGGCUCACAUAGCGUACCUCCCAAACAAGAAAGUGGUUGGACUCAGUAAACUUGCUAGAAUUGUUGAGAUCUACAGCAGAAGGCUUCAAGUUCAGGAGCGUCUAACCAAACAGAUUGCCUCAGCCAUCUCUGAGGCACUGGAGCCUGCCGGAGUGGCAGUGGUUAUUGAGGCUGUCCACAUGUGCAUGGUGAUGAGAGGAGUGCAGAAGAUGAACGCCAGUACUGUUACAAGUGCCAUGUUGGGAUCAUUUCAUGAUAAUGCUGAAACCAGAAAGGAGUUUCUUGCCCUCACAAUGUAGAAGUAAAAUGUUGUUUUACAUCAGCAGACAGUUCAACUGUGAUGACAGACAACAGAUAUGGGACUCUAUUUGUCCUUGCAGGCAUACAUGCAAUUCUGUUUGGCAUCUCAGCAGCAGCCACAGCAAAUAUGAUAUAUGAUGAGAUACUGUCCUCUCUAUAAGUUUAACAAAUAAAGACGCUUGGAUACUUGCAUGAUGAAUGAGUCGAUAUCACAGCAGAAAAAUGUAAUAUUACAGAUGUAAUAUGGAUUGUAUGAAAUGAAAGGUUUAAAGUACAUAAGCAGCUUUUUUGGGGGAUGUGUAACAUACAAACCAUACUGACUAAAAAUGUAUUAAGGACUGUGAAAUCAGUCAAUGUAAUGGUGCUUCAAGUACA